CAAUCUGAGUCAGUUAUAACUGCCUUUGUCUUGCGAAGCAGGUGCCCAGGUUGAAUCCGAGCCAUGGCAGCGCGACGGAUCAGCGCUUGCCGACGCCUCGCCCAUCCUCAAGCUUUCGUUUCGGACGUUUGGCAGCUGGAAAUCUUGUUGCCUUGGAUCCACCAAAAGCUACUCUGCAGGGUGCCCGUAAUUCGUCGCACGCAAUGCUGCCAAUGAUGUGUGCAUGCGGAGGUGGUGGACCUCGAAGCUUCUACGCGCCGUGGCAGAGGGUGGAUUUGGGUGUAGUCGUAUCGCUGUGUGACUAACACGGCAGAUGCCAAGGCAGGCUUGCGAGCUGAUUCCAAUCCAGCACAUGGGACAGAUUGGGGUGAAGAAUGUGGACAUUCGGGUGCACUGCGCAGAGGGUUGGAUGGUGGUGCGGCCCAGCUCAUGUUUCUGAUGUUGUGGAACUGCGCUUCGUUGUAUAGGUGGUUCACAGUGGAGGGGUUGGGAUGGUGAGUUUGGACGUGGAGAAGCUUCAGCUCGGUGAGUGCGUAGACAAAAUGUCGUCGGAGAUUGCGGACCUGAAGAAUACCAUAGUGAGCAAGGACAAACAGAAGGAGCAUCUUCAGCGUGCUCUCGAAGAUGGUGCCACUCUCGAGAAGUCGAUGGUUGAUGAGAUUCAACUCCAGCAUCGUCGCGCGCAGGAGCUUGAAUUAGAAAUCGAAAGACUGCAGGAAAACCUUCAGAGAGAGAAUACUGAAGCCACCGAAGGAGAUGUCAACAGCACUCUGGAGAUGCAAAAUUUGAUGCGAGUUCUGCACGAACAUCGCGCUCAACUCGCUGAGAAAACGAAACAGAUUGACUCCUACAAGCAGGCACUGAUAAAUACAGCAGAGAGGCUGGAGGGAAUGCCUGGUGAAUCUCAGGAGAUGCUCGAAAGCGCUUUCGAAAUUGCGGGAUCAUUGCGCAAGCUGCUGCAAGAUCGUGACAAGCAGUUUGCAAAUCUUGAGAGCACUUGCCUGAGUCGAGAAAUGGAGAUAUUGGAAGUGCAACGAAAGCUAGAAUUAACCGAUUCUACCCUUAGUGUAACUGUUGGGUCGCGCGAUGCACGCAUCCGGGAGCUGGAGAACACGCUCCGAGCUAUGGAAAGAGAGGUUCAAGACACUCAGCAACAGUUGCAGAAUGUAGAGCAGAAGAUUGAUGCGAACGAUAGUCGCGCAAAAAAGCUCGAAUUAGACUUGAAGGUCAUGUCCAAUCUGCUGUAGUUUGUGUUGAUCUCAAUUGUUCAAUUACAUCUUCCAAGGUUACUUUACUUGGAGUGUUCAAAGAGCUGCAAGAGGUUUUUGACAAAGGCUCCGAAAUCGAUGACAAUGUAAUGCGGUGCAAUGCCUCUGCAUAGAAUUAUCUCUUGCCAGGCUUGAAGUCUUGGCUUACAACAAUGAUCCAUUUGGGGAUGGGCAAGAUGAUUCGAAAUAAGAGAAAUCAGUGAAGGAUUUGUGUCUUCA